GGAGGAGGAGGAGGAGGAGACGGGUCCAGGUCGCUACAUACCAACUGAAAUCGGCUUGUGUCGUUGAAAAAAAAGGAACCUUCCACCGACAACUUUUUGCACUCGGCGCUACUGCAAUGCUCUUGCAAAAAUUUUUAGUGGCACUAUAUGUAUCUAAAAAAAAAAUACAUUUUUUGUCAAUUAUUCCAAGCUACUUUUGUGAAGCUUACUGAAAGGGUAAAAACAGAUGAAUUUUGAUGAAAUGGGAAAUCGAUAUGCUUUUACCAAUUAAUUGCACACCACGUACAUAAUUUCAGCAAGACACAAAAGGCGUUUCUGCAUUCAUAAGCGGUUGGUGAUGUCACACAUAAUCAAAUUUAAAAGAGUUCACCUGAGAACAGUCACACGCUGAGGAGGAGUCUGGCUGAGCGCACACAGGGAGGUUGACUGGAUCUCAUCUGAAACUCACUGGAUUGGGACGACCCUGAGCACGCAGCUUAUUCCGGAUCUUCUUUGUACCGAAAAACUGCACUGCAAGUUGACCGCGUGUCAGACAACAAGGCAUACCGUCAAAAUGCUGGCCGUUAUAGAGGGAAAUCUUCUGGGCUCUGUUUAUAAUACGACCAACACCAACAAGUAUCUGUUCAUAAUGCUUUUGAAGUUGGUACUGGACACAGCGGUCCUCUGUUUGUGCUCCCGAAGGCUGCAUACCUCCUUUAUAAGUAUGUGCGGUCUGUCCAUCGUCUUGGGUGACUCUGUGAUGGUGAUUUGGGUUUCCAGCUUAUAUUUUCUACCUCCUGAAACGUGCUUGGUGGCCCUUUGUUUCCUCUUGACCAAUGCCUCUGUGAUAUUUGAUGCCCUUACGCUGCCCAUCGUGUGCCUGUGUUUACUGGACUGUUAUUUAGAAGGCACCAACUUCGCCAAACAGAGCACCGUCUCCAAAUUCCUGAGGCACACCGCCUUGACAUUGCUGGUGUGGGUGAUAGCGGUUUUGUCCUCCUUUGGCUCGGUGAAAUCUGGUACGUUGGAACUGAAAUUUGAGGACGGGCUGUCCGCUACAGGAUGCGAGGUACGAGAGAGCACACUGGCUAACUUCUUCAUUUUGGGGUCCUUCUCAAUCAUAACCUUUACGACACUGCCCUUCUGGUCAAUGAUUCCCCGGUGGGUGAGGGAGUCUGUGCGUGAGUUUGCAUCUCAAAAUGCAAAGAACCAGAACAGCGACUCGCAGUUUUCGACUAAAGGCCCGGACACACGCGGCUUCGAGGAGACAGUCUAUCCGCGCCCGCCUCUGUGGUUGAGCACAAUACUGUGCUUAAGUCUGACGUGGAUGCCCUAUAUCACAAUAACUGUGGUCUUCCUAUUGCUCGGCGUUGGACUGCCUGCCUACGCCACUGUUAAUCUUCAGUGGUUGGAGUGCACAAACAGUUUAGUGAUGGGUGUGAUGUUCUGGGCAAACAGCGUACACACAAGGGCCGUACAGCCGCACGCACACUCCGCCACGCAUGACGGAGAGAGUGAUCAACGAUCAACCGGUUCCGAUCUGUCAACAGCAGAAAUGAAAACAGUGAUAUGAAAACAGUGAUGUGCUAAAGUGACGCCCAAGACCGGAGCUGCCAACUGUUCCCCGAAGUGGAAGCGUGACGUGGCGCUUAUUGCACGUCUCCAUUAGCACGUACUGAACUUUUUGAGCAGACAAUUAAACAAACUAAAUGUUGCGGGUGACAAGAGACUGGAAAUAAAAAUUCCAGAAUGCAAUGCAAAUGCAAUUCUUUGAGUUGGGGACAUUUUUUUUUGCUGUAGGCCAUGAUCUUUAGGCUUGUAUAAGUUUAUCAUGAGGGACUUUUAAAAGAAAAUUCUACAUACUUUAGGGGAAAUGCUAUGCUGAAUGAGGAUUUAAAUACAUUCUCUUUUAACUUUUCAUUUUUAACAAUUAGCUAAAUGUAUUCAUUUGCAUUGUUUAACAAAUCCAACUGUAUAGCCCUGGUUAUAUAUUGUCGGGUCAGCUCCCGUCUUAAAGACUACAAGAAGAAACAACUUGUCAUGAAUCAUCAUACGUACAUGAAGCGGUAUCAUUGAGCGACAUCAUUCACUGAAUUGUUUAAUCUGUGCAAGGUGACCAGAUCGUUGUAAAGUAUGUAAAUCAUACAUAGAUGUGAUAAUUCAUUGAAAAACCCUAUUGAAAUAGAUACAAUAUAAAUAAUAAUGCCUUCUAUUUUAUACUGUAAAGUCAAAUUGAACAUGCCACUUUUACUUUACUUGGUUAUUUGUCUUGUUGUCCAUUGUUAUGCAACUACCGCCGUGUUAUCUUCCUUGUAUGUCUAACAUAUUUUGGCAAUAAAUGUUCCGGAUUGCUGAUA